UUUGAAAAUCUAGUCACUGGCUGUUCAUUUUGUACACUGAAAUCCCUGGUAUAGCAUUGAAUUCAAAUUCGAUCGGGUCGCGAUGUAUGUGCCCCUGCUCCACAGGAGCACCCAGAUGGUGCUGCUGAAGAGGCAGAUACGGCGGAAGGCCAAGGAGUUGCGAAUGCGAAAGCGUCACGCCCACCGCCGCCUGCAGCUGAUGCGGAGGAUCCGUGACCACCUGCUCCGCAGGAUGCGGAACUCCAUAGACGACCGGCAACGGGAUGCGGAGCAGAAGAGGAGGGAGCAGGCACGGAGGGCAGUGGGCGGUAUGCUUUCCAUGUACAAGCACUGGCUGCGCAACUGGUCCACAGCUUUGAGGCUACAAAGUCGGCUGAUUCGACAGCAGGAGCAGGUGAAGGUGGGACUACGACGCCGACUUCGACACUUGCAGAAGCAGCUGAAGAAGGUGCGACAUCCACAGAACGUGGUGGACAAGUGCUUCAAUCGACUGUUCAAGGCGGUCAGGAAGUGGCAAAAGCGGUCGGACUACUACGAGCUCAUCAAGGAUCAGGACAAAGUCUGGGAGGCGGAGGCUGAGGAGGUACGCAACUACUUAUCGGAUGUUCGGGGCAGGCGACCCAGAAAGCUGAACCGUCGUAGGGCUAAAGAGAAUAGCGAAAUCGAGGACUUUGCUAACUUCUGGAACACAGAAGUGGUGCAGAAGAACGCUAUGAUCAAGAAACAAAUGGCCAUGGUAGGAAGAAAAGCAUACUUGGAUAUACACACAACACUCGAAAAAACUAGGAAACCGAAGAAGAAAAGGGGGAAAAUCAAGCCUAAGAAAAUAUAUUAUAGCCUAGACGAUCUUGUAGUUCGAAAGAAAGUUAGGAAAAUUAGAAAGGCUAUUCGUAAGUCAAGGAAGGCAGAUCCAUUAAGGCCAUCUUUCGAUAAACUGAAAAUGUUGGUAAAAGAACUAAUAGGAUUCGACUGGAAAAAUAAGAUUAUGAAAAGCCCGAAAAUGAACAGAAAAGCCAUUAAAAAUGAACGGAAUGUUGGGUUUGGCAAAAUGCCAAGCUUUUCCGAUCUUCCAACCCUAAAGCCACAAAUACGAAUAAAAACACUUUCGAAGAGGGGCCGCAAAAUAGUUCCCAGAAAUGUAGACAUGCCUCUGGAGCAGCUCACAGUUCCCGAUUCGAAAAUCCGUAAACGAAAAUCUGGAAAGCGUAGACGAGGUAAAACGCACUACGUGGAUAGGAUUAUUAAAGACGAGUUGAAUGCACUCUUGGUGGCAAAGUCAAAGAGAAAGGGCGCACAUCCUGGAAAAGCUAGUGUAUCUAAAGCUUUCCUUAGGCAAAUGGAAAGCAAGGAAUUAGAAAGGCAGGAAAAUAUAGUCUCACUAUUGUACGACGAUAUUCCACCGUUUAUGAGGCAACAAAUUGAGAGGAAAAAUAGGAACAAACUGCGUGCCAAGGCAUUGCCAGCUAGUUCGAGUAGCUCGGUAGCGUCCAAAGAGGUCUUCAUUGUAUCCGAAAAAGUUGGCACUAAAACGACGAAGCCCAAGAAGGAAACUAAGCCUCCUACUUCAAGCAGUGGUUCAGAAGUCAAGAAUCGACAUGAAUUACCUCCCGCGUACAGCGUUUCUCAAUUGUUUUCCAAAAGGGAAAGCCUUGUGUCCCUCGAUGACUCACUGAAUAGGUUCGCAAUGGCCAAUCGAAGCCGCAAAUCUACCCGUAAAUCUAUUCGCGGGCCACUCCUGAUACCCAAAAUAAAGCGUGUUGCUCCUCCAAAGGGACAGGACGAAAGUCACUACCAGUCCUUGAAGAAGGAUAUCAUGUACAUCCAUACCAGCGACGAGGAUCAAUGGCCGAAGAGGAUGUCCACUAGGCACUCCAAUCGCUUAACAGUCAGCGACACAGUACUGCACAGCCACACUUCUCAUUUCCGAACUCCCAAAUCGCCCUCCAAAAGCAAGUUUAAUUAUGAUGUCCUGCAAAAUGAUCUUGACAAGAUCCUUGAGCCUGUGCGAGUUGGCGACGAGAGAAUAGAAAAAGCACCGGAGCACCAGGAGUUUCACUACGCCAAGGAGCCCGAUAUUGAAAGGUAUCAUUUGAAGGAUCUGCACUCGGAUGCAAAAUACAGACAAUUGCAGUCCCUUCUCAAGGACGUUAUAGAGAAAAACCAAAUUAUUGAGUAUAUCGCCGAUGUCAAUGGACUCAUGCAGGAAGUAGCCAACCGCCAUGACAUGUGGUCCAAUCUUCAGAGCAUCUACGACGACCUCACAUCAUCGGGCAUUUCGCUGGAGGAAGUGAAGCAAAUGCUCACCUUGAAGUACUUGGAGUACCUCAACGAUAUAGUGACCCAGAAGAGCUAUACACGGCUGGAGCCGCCACGGGACAAUUUGCUUAAUGUUGUGGAAGCCGAAUUUCUGAAAGAGAAACAGAGGAGCCAGGUGGAAAGGUUGAUGGAGCGCAACUGGUGGAAUAGGAAACGGAACAGCACACGGCUCAUACCCUUCGGCAUGCGGGGAAUCAAAGGGAGCAGAAGUGAGACACCUGGCAGCCGGCGGCAGUCGCAGGACAUGAGGAUGGACAGCGCCCUGUGCAAGAAGCUCAUCGAGCAGGAGCUCAGGGCGGAGCGAUUGCAGCGCGAGGAGCGCAGGAGGAGGACUACAACCAGCUCCCGGGGAUCGACUUUUAGCAUUAUCACCAGCCUGGAUGUGCCGCCCAGCGAUGAGCAGGAUUUGCGGGACAUCGAGUGGCGCUACUCCGUGCACAACAUCAAGAGCAUGAUGAACCAGCACCAUCAGAUGUUCCAGGCUCUGGGGCGCAAAACGCGAACGGAGCAGAUGAUCUACAAGAAGAUGGAGGGAAAGAUGGACGAGCUGUAUUCCUCCACACAGUUUCGCCGUCCUAAACCGGAAAACACCACCUUUACGGUGAGGAAGAAGCGUAGAAAUCUUAGGCCCAUCGAGCAGCUCUACUACUCACCCCGGAAGACUUGUCGCCUGCAGAAGAUCUCCAGUUCCUCAGACUGUUUGUCAUGCGAAUGCCAAGGCGAGGAGAUCGGUGAUUCGAUGGUCCUGGACAAGUGUCCCCGGUGUGGAGUGAAGGUGCCUGUGCCCGCACCCACUGCUCCGUUCUCCAAGUCGUCCUCAUCCAGCUGCGAGAUCCUGUCCAGCGGAUCCAUAGAGGCCUGUGCCAAAAACAGUCUGCUAAUCAACACCCUCGAGGACCUGUGCACACGCUGUGGUUAUGUCCAUGAAAAGGGACAUCUCUGCUCGCAGUUACCCUUGAAUAUGCGGAAAACCCAGCUCCUAAAGCGGAUUAAGAACACCGAACGUACUGCCGCCGAGUGUCCGACGUACUGCUGCCCACGCGGGAUCCUUAGGAAGCCCAGAAGUUUUGAUCCAUGGCAGGAGGACGAGGAGUGCAAGGAGCGGACAGCGGGCUGAGCACUUUGAAGCCACCAAAGUGGCAACAAAACUCCGGAUAUGUAAGGAUAUGUAAGGAUAUGAGCACCAAAUCAGCCGGCUGAGGCGAAUGAAACAUUUGGUUUAAGUGCUAAAUAAAUUCAAGUAAUGAGUUUGCCUCUGUCUGUGGGUGUGCCUGUGCUGUUAAAUGCUUUGCCAAGUUUCAUAAAAUAUGCAAGGACUUUUGCACACACACACACACACACGCCAACAAACACGGCCAGGCUCAUGUGAUGCACUCACGUAGAGGGAAAA